AUGGGCUCUCCCAAAGACCAUCUUCCGCUGACCAUAUCGGAGGACACCAUACGGGCUCUUUUUGCAUUCCUCAACCUACCGCCGCCGCAGUCGGUAUCCGCUUUGUCUACCACAGCGGAGUAUCAUUCGAUCUAUGUCGUUUCUUUCGCGACCGAAGUGGCCGAUGCCGCUUUUCCGAUGCUUUCACGGUCCAACAAGGAUUGUGUUGAACUUAUCCUGCGCAUCUCCGGCCAUCACCUACCCCGCAUGAAGACCGUCAACGAAGUCGCAACGAUGACUUGGCUGCAGCAAAAUACUCAAUUGCCUGUAGCCAAAGUCAUACGUUAUGAUGCCAGCACCAAUAAUCCACUGGGUCACGAAUUCACUCUUCUACAGCGACUCCCUGGCGUCGCGUUGGUAGACGUCGUACAGCAAAUCCAUGCAAUCUCUUGGGAUGGUGUGUCCGGCCUUCAAUUCGACCAUGACGGCAACAUUGUCCCGGGACCUAUAGUUGAGGAGACGUUCUGGCAGCAGCCUGAUGUGGUCAAAUACUGGCCUGAGUCGGAGUCAGUCCAAUCGCUCAAUAUUACUGGUCCUUACGAAUGCUACACCGAUUACAUCGCCGCGAUGGUGCGUGUUUAUCAACAUGCAAUUCGCCUUCAUCCAUCAUUGGCAGAUAUGCGAGAUAUGCUGCCACGCCUCGAUCUUUUUGUUGAUAUCCUAUCUGAGUUCCCGGAGCUCAAUAAAACCAGAUAUUUCCUAGCGCACAAAGACUUACAUUUUGCAAAUAUCAUGUGCGAUGAAGAGACCGGCCUUAUUACUGGGAUUCUGGACUGGGAAUUCUCUAGCAUUGUACCUGCAACCCGCUGGAAUCCUGUUGGGGCAUUUCUUUGGAAUGGCCAGUACUCUGAAGGAGCCAUGGCAGAGAGAGAUCGCCUUAAGACCUUGUUUACAGAACGUUGCGCCGCACGGGGAUUAAGCUCACUGAUAGAGGAGACAAGACCAAACUCAGUAAUGCAGGGCGCCAUGCAAGAAGCAAUUAAUUACCUGCGUGCAAUCGUGGAAGUGCGCCCACGGGGUCAGAAGGAAGACAGGGUGCCUAGCUGGCGCGCCACUCUUGAAUCCCAGCUGAAGAUUCUGGGUAUUUGA